AUAUGAUGUUAGUGAGUAUGCAGCCAUGCCCCUACCUAGGAAAUAUUGUUUUUGAUAAAUCAUCCUCUUGUUAUUUUAAAAAUCCUUACACAAAAAUCCCAUACCCCUAAUCCCCAUAGUUGCAAGUUGCAGCCCACUGCUGUGUCAGUAUGUCAUCCAGUAGUGCCACCCAAAUGGCUAAUAUAUGAGAGGCCCUCUUUCUCCCUACCAACAAAAGAUUUACUUCAUUAUCCUCCCUUUUUUCUACCACAACUCAUUCCACUCUAAAACUUCAAUCCCAUUUUAAGGCAAAAAACUCCAUGGCUUCAAUUUCAGCAGCUUCAGCAACUGCUGCAACUUCAACAAAACUUGUAUACCACCCAUCUUGCCCUUCCUCAGGUUGUGGAAACACUAGUUCAAACUCCACAAAAUCCUCUAAACUUAUCCUUACUUCUUCUUUUACACCAACCCCAUCAACCCUUUUUCUCCACUCACCCUGCACAAAGACUUGUUCUUCCUCUUCUUCCACGCGCCAGCGCGGCUUUACUGUCCGCGCUGCGCGUGGGAAGUUCGAAAGGAAGAAACCCCAUGUCAACAUUGGUACAAUUGGCCAUGUUGACCAUGGCAAAACCACACUUACAGCUGCAUUGACCAUGGCGCUUGCCUCUUUGGGUAACUCUGCACCCAAGAAAUAUGAUGAAAUUGAUGCUGCACCUGAAGAAAGGGCUCGUGGGAUUACUAUUAAUACUGCUACUGUGGAGUAUGAGACAGAGAAUCGGCAUUACGCUCACGUGGAUUGUCCGGGACACGCUGAUUAUGUCAAGAAUAUGAUUACUGGUGCUGCACAGAUGGAUGGUGCUAUUCUUGUUGUUUCGGGUGCUGAUGGUCCAAUGCCGCAGACUAAGGAGCAUAUUUUGUUGGCGAAGCAAGUGGGUGUCCCAAAUAUGGUUGUUUUCUUGAAUAAACAAGAUCAAGUUGAUGAUGAGGAGUUGCUUCAGCUAGUUGAGUUGGAGGUAAGGGAGUUGUUGUCUAGUUAUGAGUUUCCUGGUGAUGAUAUUCCGAUUCAUUCGGGGUCUGCCCUUUUGGCUUUAGAGGCGUUGAUGGCGAAUCCUAGUAUUAAAAGGGGUGAGGAUCAAUGGGUUGAUAAGAUUUACGGAUUGAUGGAUUCUGUUGAUGAAUAUAUUCCUAUUCCACAAAGACAAACUGAUUUGCCGUUCUUGAUGGCUAUUGAGGAUGUGUUUUCGAUCACUGGUAGAGGUACGGUGGCUACGGGGAGAGUGGAGAGAGGGACUGUUAAGGUCGGGGAAAUUGUCGAUAUAGUUGGAUUGAAGGACACUAGGAACACUACAGUGACAGGGGUCGAGAUGUUUCAGAAGAUAUUGGAUGAAGCAAUGGCAGGAGAUAAUGUGGGGUUGUUGUUGAGAGGUAUUCAGAAGAUUGAUAUUCAAAGAGGAAUGGUGCUGGCGAAACCUGGAACUAUUACUCCACACACAAAGUUUGAAGCUUUGGUGUAUGUGUUGAAGAAGGAAGAAGGUGGAAGGCAUUCCCCUUUCUUCGCGGGUUAUAGGCCGCAGUUUUACAUGAGGACUACUGAUGUGACUGGAAAGGUUACUGCUAUUAUGACCGACAAAGGAGAGGAAUCGAAGAUGGUUAUGCCUGGUGAUCGCGUAAACAUGGUGGUUGAGCUCAUUAUGCCUGUUGCUUGUGAGCAGGGAAUGAGGUUUGCUAUUAGGGAAGGAGGAAAGACUGUUGGAGCUGGUGUUAUUCAGAAAAUCUUAGAAUGAUGAACUUGCAGCAGCUGAGCAUCUCUUUUCACAUAUGGUCGGAUUUUUCCAUUGAAGUUUAUUAAUCCAUUGUCAUAUAUGCGACUUUUUGGUUACUUUUAUUAUGUCUUAGAAUCUUACUUUAGUUGAAGCAUCCUCUUUUAUCACCAUAAUUCUACUGAACUUUUGGUA